GAUGAGGAACAGGGAUGCUACAUAUCUUGAGACCAAUCCGCAGACACGCAGUCUCUCCGAGCAGACUAAAUCAGCCCGUCAUUGGCUGAACGUGGGAAAAUGAUUUAUUCGUCGAAAUGGAACAGUGCCUUAGGCACUGACUACUAAUGAGGAGAGCAGCGAUUGCGGCGGUUAUUUCGCGAUGGACGCCCGAGGCUUCAUAUGCGAUCGGGUACUUGCAGGCCGAGGGAAUUAACCUCCCGACAUGAGAUACGACCGUGUCGCAGCAACCUACUAUCAGAUCAUCUGAUGACCACACUACCUUCACGCCGCUCCAAUUCUCUCCAUCAUGGCAACCACGGGGUUUUGGCUAUCCUGGUACCCCAGAGAACUAUGGCCCUGGCUAAAUUCUCUGCGGCUCAGGCCCGGGUGCGGGGUUACGGUUGUGGUUGUUGCUUAUUCAAUGAUGCUCACAAUGACUUGAAAAAGAUUCCGGUGAUCCUUCUUGAAGCGAGGUGCAGGAGUUAUGCCGGCCCCGUUGACGCCGCAACCGUUGGUUCGUCACUGGGGCGGAUAUCCAGUACCCAAGGCAGCACGCAGCAAGCAUUCACAUUGGAGACCGGAAAAGGUGGUUCUCACAUGCAACGGGAUUUGACCUCAGAUGUUCAGUCUACCCGAAGGCAGAAUGAAGUGGACUGCGAUGAUUGGAUUGCCUUUAGCAAAUAUGCACCCUCUCAUGCAUGCUACACCCUCGGACCCUUUCCAAGAGAGGAGAACAGCCGCCUAGAGUCCACUCGGGGUUUUCAGGACCAGACGGGCUGCACCUAUCCGCCUAGCAUUUUUCGAUGCGCGCCCUUUUUCAAUUCCUAUAAAACAAAGUGAAAGCAGGCGAUCUGGUAUGCUUUCCGAUCUUGCUGAUUAUUCCUAGGCAGUGGGGUAGCACAACUCUCCGUGGCUGCCAUGCUUCUGGUCU